GAGGCCCCUCUCUCCGACCAGCUUUGUCUCAUUUUCCACUGCCCCAUGUACCUUAGAACAUGGAGGAAAUCAUGCCUGCUUUCCCCGCCUUGUCUUAAUUAUCUCUUUUUCUUCUCUAUCUCUGAAACCAACCAUAAAAAGCUCUCUCACAACUCUCAACUCUAAACCCACACUUGGGAAACCCCAAUUUUUUCCAAGACCCAAAUCAUAUAAAUCAAAGAGCAAGAGAUCAAAAAGGAGAAAGAGAGAUACCCACUUUCUAUACCAUCAUAGCCAUCAUAAACACAACCCACAAAAGCAAAAGCAUCCAUAUUUUUAUGGUCUUUUAAGGCCACACCAUCAAGAAAGACUCUUUGUGUGAUUUGAGGGGGAAGAAAUGGAGAUUGAGUCUGUUAAAUGUGAGUGUUGUGGGUUGAAAGAGGAUUGUACCCAAGAGUAUAUUAGCCAAGUGAAGGACAAAUUUGAUGGGAAAUGGCUUUGUGGGUUAUGUUCAGAGGCUGUGAGGGAUGAAGUCAGUAGAGGGAAUAAUAAGACAUUUGGGAUGGAAGAAGCAGUGAAUGCUCAUAUGUCAUUUUGUGGGAAAUUCAAAUCAAAUCCUGCAGUGAGAGUUGCUGAUGGUAUGAGGCAGAUGCUCAGGAGGAGAUCAGGUGAUUUGGCUGCUUCUUCUUCUAAGAAAUAUAACAGAUCAGCAAGCACUAAGUUGUACUGAUCCUCAUCAUCAAUGGAAGAGAAAAAUAAAAAGAAAACAGAGUGGGCUUUUGUGGAUGGAAUAAUAAGAUUGUCAAAAACUUGCCUUGUACAGAGAGGAUCGAUGUUACUUCAGUAGAGGCUUCUUAUUCCUAGUUUUUUUUUUUUGUUUAUUUGUCUUUCACCACUUGAUAUGGCUAAUGCUUUUUCUCUUCCUUUUCUUGCCAAA